CAACACUACUAUAUAACAAAUAAUUUGAGAAUGUUUAUGUAAGUGCGCUUGUCAAUUCAAUGAUCCGAAAAUGGUAGAAGAAGUACUUGUAUUAGCCAGGUUUUCCUACACUGCUAACCAAGACUCUGAACUAACGAUACACAAGAAUGACAGAUUGGUCGUAUUAGAUUCUUCUAGUUCUUGGUGGCGAGUCCGAAAUGACAAUCAGCUCUGUGGAUAUGUCCCAUCCAAUUAUCUUGAGAGAAUAAAAGGAGAAUCGUUUGUUGAUAAGUUGUUCAAGAAGAAAAAGAAGAAAGCCAGCACAGCAGCACCCAAGCAGUCCACAUCUGAAGCAGUUGCAGCUCCCCUCAACAUCAUGGCUACUGUCAAGUUCAAAUUCGAAGCUACAAGAGAUGAUGAGCUUAGUCUUAAUAAAGGUGACAAGUUAAUAGUUCUGGAAAAGAAGAAAGAUGGAUGGUGGAAGGGGGAGAAGGACGGACAAACAGGAUACUUCCCCUCAAACUAUGUGUCAGAAGGAGACCUCACUCCCAGCCCCACGACACCCUCGCAUCCCACACCUCCCUCCUUCAGCAUACCCCCUCCCAACGCUCCGUACACCCAGCCGCCUACCCCCACGUAUCCUCUCCCACCACCCCCUGUGCAGACAAACAGUAAUAAUGGCGUAAACGUGCAACAGCAACAGCAACAACAGCAGCAGCAGCAGCAACAGCAACAGCAACAGCAGCAGCAGCAGCAGCAACAGCAGCAGCAGCAGCAACAGCAGCAACAGCAACAGCAGCAGCAGCAGCAGCAGAGUGCGUUUGAUCCAGAUGAUGAGUACGAAUUUGUUUGCGGAGUUAGAGCCAAGGAUAACUGCGAGGCUGUCUCACACAACGAUCUCAGCUUCGUUAAUGGAGAACUGAUGGACAUUGUUAAGAAUCCCACCGACCAACCUAAAUGGAUCGCAAGAAAAUCGUGUGGUAAGGUAGGAUACGUGUUGAGGCACAUGGUAGAUAUAGUACCUAACGCAAUUCCAGUCUACUUCAACCCCAAAACUUCAGCGAUCCACACUCCACCCGCCCCACCUGAUUUCCCGCGUCUGCCACAAGCGGUUGAGCGCCCAGCGGACAAUUAUGUUAGUCCAUUCUCUGGUAAGCCCUGGUACUUCGGUCCCAUGUCGCGGAGGAGUUGUGAUAACAUUCUCAUGGAGAACGGAAAUGAGGGAGACUUCCUCAUCCGAGACAGCGAGAGCAAGGUUGGUGACUACUCGAUAUCUUUGAAAGCGUUAGACAAACCAAAGCACUUUAAAGUUCAGCUAAUCGAAAAUCAGUACGCGAUAGGAAACCGACGAUUCAACUCGAUGGAGGACAUCAUUAGACAUUAUACCCACAAAUCACCAAUAUUUACGUCGCCAAAUGGGGAGGAGCGCUUAUUUUUAGUGAAGCCUCUUGAUAACCCCAAACAAAAGCCACAAUUCAGAGACAACAAAAAGGAGUACCUCUGUGCGUGGGAAAAAUAAUUUUAUCAAAUGUUUUGUUUUAGCGCCUCUACACCUCGAUUAUAUUAUAUAAUGAUGUGAAAGAAGGGGCUCAAAUUUGUUGCCCAAGCUAGGUCUUAUCGACAGAUAUAUUUUUGUCAACAUUUUGUCAAGAACUAUGAUAAAUGUGCUGUUUUUGGUAAACAGACUGCGUUUUUCUGCCGCGUUUUAGCUAAUUAAUUUUGAUAAUGUUAUGCAAUUGCUUAUUUAGAAAUGUUACUUCUUAUCACUCAACCCAAUGAAUGGAUUUUCAUUCCUUGCUUUUCAAGUUUUGAGAUGAAAUCAGAUUUCUUUUAAUUUUGGGCUAUUCUUUCAGUUCAAAAUUUUGGUUUUUAUUAAACCAAACGCUGUGAGUUUUACACUGACAAGGAUGGUAAUAAUUGAUAGAAUUGAUUGACUUUCAUUGACUCUAAGUGGAAGAUUGUUGAGGACGGUGAAUUUGUGGAGAGUUGUUAUACACUGUCCCGUGUGCUCUCUUUUAUAAGACUUGAUUUCUCCAUUUAUAGAAAUUUAAUUUACCAGUAGAUUAAUUAAUUUAGGUGUAAAGCCCUUUCUCAUUCAAAUUUAUAAAUAUUAAUGUAAUUGAUAUGGGGCAAACAUUUUUCAUUCUAUGUUAAAUUGGAUUAUCGCUGGUUUCACUCAAGAUAUGUUUGAUCAAUUUCAAUAUUAAUCACAUUGUAAUUAAGGGUGUGUUAUAAAUUGCUCAAGUUUUGUAGUUGAACUAAGUUUUCUAUUCUUAA